AGCUUAAGGGAGGUUGGACGCAUUAGCACUAGCACACUCCAAGGCCACGGGCACAGGGCCCUGCACGCACGCUCUCUCCUUUGGAGACAGGGCUCCGCCUGGCGGCCGCGAUCAAAACCUUAAAAAAGACCGAGGGGUCCCUCCUGGUGAGUCACCGCAGGGUGUGGCCGGGUGCGCAGCUCCCGCGGUUCCGUAGCCUGCAAGGCCUUCCUGCAGCCCGAGGGCGCCCGCAGGCGCCGGUUCCCCUCUCCCAGCCUCCUUCAGCACCUCGCCUCCAUUCAGAGAGGAGUCCCCGGAGGAUCAGGGGACGGGAGUACCCCCCAUCCUAGGUGCAGCCUGCUUUCUGAAGCUAAUGAGUAGUAGGCGGCGGAGAGGAUGGGAAACCCGCCCCCAACGGCGCCAAAGAGCUGGGCCCUGCUUGGCGAGAUCACUAAGUGAAUCCAAAAGUAGGACAAUAGGAGCUUUAAUUAAGGGCAGAUCAAGGAGGCACCAGCAGGACAGAGCUCUGGGCCAAGUUCAGCGGAUCCCCGACUGGAGAGAAGUGCUCGGUUUCCUCACUGCUGAUGGCUGGAGUCUUUGCUCGCCUUGUUAGAUCCUGGUUGACAGCCUGGGUUCAUGGACGCCUGGCAGCGCUGUCCGAGCCUGGGAAAGGAAGCACGACGCAGUAAAGGCAGUACCCUGGGGACCCAUUGCUGUGCUGAGUUAAAUCUGGUUAGAGUAUGCUGGCCAGGAACUCUACUUUCCAGUCGUUGAGGGCAGAGCGGCUCAGUAGACAGAUGAGCUCCAGUAACUCCCAAAGCACUGGCCCAGGUGGCUGUUCUGUGGCACCUCCAUCUCCGGGAGACGGGGUCUGAGGAUUCCACACUACAGAGACCUGCUGCUCCUGUGGCUGUGCUCUAGGAAGGUGUGCCCGCUGAUGCUCAGAUUUUACUUGAAGACCACAUCACCAGCAAAUUUGGGAGCCACUUGCAAGGUUGAGCCUCAGUGGAGCCAGCUAAGCCUGUCCCUCGCCAUGAUCCUGACACUGCUGCUGGGCCUUGGGGGGUACCUGAGCUGGGGACUUCCGGGAGCCGGGGCACAGGACCCUGGUACCAGGUUCUCUGAUCCCCAAAGGCCCAGGGUGCCUGCAGCCUGGGAAAUGGAGGUUGCAGAUGCCAGCAGAGACUCCAUUGGACGGAAUUGGUGCCCUUACCAGAUCUCUAGACUGGUUACCUACAUAGCUGCUUGCAAAACAGAGAAAUUACUGGUCCAUUCACAGCAGCCAUGUCCACAGGGGGCUCCUGACUGCCAGAGAGUCAAAGUCAUGUACCCAGUGGUCCAGAAGCCAGUGUACCAGGUCCAACAGAAGGUGCUGACCUCUCAGGCCUGGAGGUGCUGUCCAGGCUUCCAUGGUCCAGACUGCCAGGACUAUGAUCCCACAGCAAACCCCGAGCCCACGGAGCCAAGUGGCGAACUCCCGGAGACUUGGGACCAGCUGGAUGGCUCUGAACUUGGCCACCCUGGCACAGAGUUCAAUGAGAUUAAGGUGCCACAGGAACACCUGCUUCAAAAUCUCCAGAAUGAUGCCCAGCUGGCAGAAGAUGACCUCCCAGGCACUUGGGAGGCCCCAGCCAGCAACCUUACAGCUGAGAGGAUGGAAGCCAAUCAAACAGAAUUCGGGUUUUCUGGCAGGAUAUCAGAGCACCUGCUGCAGCCCCAUAUCGAUGCGUUCCUGAAGGCACACUUCAAUCCCAUGUGGAAGAGCUUCGGUGAGAGCUUGCACAGCCUCUCCAAGGCUAUCAGAAACCUGUCUCUUGAUGUGGAGGCCAAUCACCAGGCCGUCAAGAUGCUCCAGGAGGGUACUGUGACCAGGGCUGACCUCCAAGAGCUUGGUGCCAAGUUUGAUGCCAAGGUCCAGGAGAAUAACCAGAGAGUGGGCCGGCUGCAGCAGGACGUGGAGGACCAGCUGCAUGCCCAGCGCCGUGCCCUGCACCACGCCCUCUCUGAGGUCCAAGCUGAGAUGAGCACCAAGUUAAAACAGCUUGUCAAGGCUCAGGAAGUUCCAGGGGCAGAGGGCAGCCUGGUGGUGGCAUCUGCAGCGGCAGCAGCAGCAAGGCCCGAGCCCGAGAGCCUCCAGGCCAGGCUGGGCCAGCUGCAGAGAAACAUCUCUGCUCUGUACACAGUCAUCGACCAGAAGGAGGAGGAGUUGCAGAGCACCAUCAAGAGCAUGGACAGUGUCUUGAACCGGCACGUGGAUGAAAUCAAGGAGCUGUAUUCUGAAUCAGAUGAGACCUUCGAUCAGAUCAGCAAGGUAGAGCGGCAGGUGGAGGAGCUGCUGGUGAACCACACCGGCCUUCGAGAGCUGCGGGUGAUCUUGAUGGAGAAGUCCCUGAUCAUGGAGGAGAACAAAGAGGAGAUGGAGCGGCAGCUGCUGGAACUCAACUUCACUCUGCAGCAUCUGCAGGCGGGUCACGCAGACCUCAUCAAGUAUGUCAAGGACUGCAACUGCCAGAGGCUCUACUCUGACAUGGACGUCAUCCGGGAGGGCCAAAGGGACGCCAUGCGCACCCUGGAAGAGACCCAGGUGAGCCUGGAUGAGCAGCACCAGCUGGACGGUUCUUCUUUGCAGGCGUUGCAAAGCACUGUGGAUGCCAUGUCCUCAGUGAUGGACAAGCACAAAGUAGAGGGUGAGCAGGCAAGGGCCGAGAGGGCCCGGAUGCGGAGCCAGCUGCGGGCGCUGGACCACGCAGUGGAAGCGCUGAAGACCGUGGCGAACCAGACCGGCAGAGAGAUGCGCCAGCUGCAUAGCUCCUUCGCAGCCCUUUUGGAGGAUGCGCUGCGGCAUCAGGCGGUGCUGGCUGCCCUCUUCGGGGAAGAGAUGAUGGAGGAGAUGUCAGAGGAGGCGCCUCGCCCUCUGCCCCUGAAUUAUGACCAGAUCCGCCUUGCUCUGCAGGACGCCGCCAGCGGGCUGCAGGAACAGGCGUUUGGCUGGGAUGCCUUGGCCACUCGGGUGGAGGCCUUGGAGCAGCACCCACAGUUGGCAGAGCGACUGGAACCCAGCCACGACUCUGGAAGGGAGGAGGAAGCCACAGCUUUGGCGAACCUGGAGCAGGAGAUUCAGCGCCUCAGCUCUGAUGUCAAGCAGGUUGGGCAGUGCUGUGAUGCCUCCUGGGCUGCCUCCCUCAAUGGCUCCCUUGAAGACCUACACAGCAUGCUUUCUGACACCCGGCACAGCUUGAGACAGCACCAGCAGCUCUUCCGCAGCCUUUUCCAGAACUUCCAAGAGCUGGUGGCAAGCAACAUCAGCCUAGACCUAGGUAAGCUGCACACCAUGUUGAGUAAGAAAGAUAAGAAGCAGCAGAUAGGAGCAUCCCGGAAGAGGGAGAAGAAGCAAGUGGUGACGUCUGCAGGUACACGUGCCAAAGGGAUGGAGAAAGGUGUUCUGGACUUAGAGCUCUGGGAAGCAGGCUCGCCCGUGGCCUUCUAUGGCAGCUCUUCAGAAGUGGUAACUGCUGUGCAGAUGGUGAAGUUCAACACCACGUCCAUCAACGUGGGCAGCGGUUACUUCCCCGAACACGGCUACUUCCGAGCCCCGAGACGUGGCGUCUACUGGUUUGCAGUGAGCAUUACAUUUGGCCCAGGCCCAGGAGUGGGGCAGCUGGUGUUGGAAGGUCACCGCCGGGUCCCAGUCCACAGUGCAGAACAGAGGGGUGGGAGCACAGCCACUGCCUUUGCUAUGGCAGAGCUGCAGAAGGGUGAGAGAGUGUGGUUUGAGUUAAUCCAAGGGUCAGUAACAAAGGGGAGCCAACCACACGCUGCAUUUGGGGGCUUCCUGUUGUUUAAGACCUGAACCCCGGGCUCAGCUUGCGUCAGACAUGACACACUUGCCUGCUGUCCGUAGCCUGAGGCUCUGGCCUCAAUAGCUGGAGAACAUCUAGCAGCCUAGCUCUUCCCUGGACACCUUCUGCAAAGAUCCUGCCGUGGGCUGCAUGCACCUUCUUUUGGACACACAGGUUGGGGGAGGCCCGGUGUGCUGCUCCCUGGACUGUGCCUGGAGUGGAAGCAGGGCUUCUCAUGCCUUCCCCCAAUGGCAUGGCUUGUCUUGGCUCUAAGGCACUCUCUCAAUUCUACAACUUUGUUGUUUUAUUUUGGCAUUUUGCUCCUUCUGUGGUUGGAAACUCCUGUACAACAUUUAAAAUUCUAUUUCCCCUUCCCUAUGUCAGGAAGUCAUUGUUCCCCAGAAGGAAUGUUCACAGUGACAGUGACAGACCAGGCGUAGCUCACUGAGAGCGUUUGGCGUGCACAAGGGCCUGGAUUCUCUUUCCAAAACCUCAAAAAAAAUCUCCCAUUUUUUUUUCCUUCUGAAAUUGGAAUCAAGUCUCCAAUUACUACAGGAAAACUAGUUAAAACAGCCUUUCUAGUCUCAUAAAAGGGAGGUAAUGCCUGGUUGAAUCAACCAUGGGAAAUGAAAUUAGUAUCUCUGGGCUGGGGAUGCAGCUUAACUAAAAAGCUCAAGCCCUGGAUUCAGUCCCCAGCACUCCAUAAAACAGGCAUGGUGGUGCACAGCUUCGAUCUCAGCAUACGGAGAAGGCAGGAGGAUCAGAAGUUUAGGGCCAUCCUCAGUUUUUUUUUUUUUUUUUUUUUUUGGUUUUUCGAGACAGGGUUUCUCUGUGUAGCUUUGCGCCUUUCCUGGGACUCACUUGGUAGCCCAGGCUGGCCUCGAACUCACAGAGAUCCGCCUGGCUCUGCCUCCCAAGUGCUGGGAUUAAAGGCGUGCGCCACCACCACCCGGCACAUCCUCAGUUUUAUAACAGUUCAAGGCUAGCUUGGGAUAUGAGACCUUGUCGCAAAACAACAAAAGGAGUUAGUGUUAUUUUUUUAAACUUUCAGUCACCCUGUCAUUAUCUGCAUAUUUAAUUUUAAUUUCAAGCCUUUUCCUCCUUGCUUCACUCAGUGUAGAGGUCAAGAGACGUCAACCAGGGACAUCACUGGGUCGGCCCUUUGCCCCUUUCACUCCUCCACUGACUGUCCACACCCUCCCCAGCGUCUCUAAGGAAGGAGGGAAACUAAACCCCCAAUAACCAUCAACUUUGGAAUAAAGUGAUACCCUCCGAAGCUCUGCCUUGCUUACUGCUGGAAGGGGAAACAUUUAGUGAGGCACUUGGGGGGAAAUGGGACAAAAUGAAAUUCUAGGCACAUUUGACUUAAUACUCGGUUAAUUCUGCACAGGCUCCCUAGAGGCCUCCUCACUAGGCAGUGGCACCGUCCCUGGACAGGACAGCACAGAACGGCACUUCUUUCUGCAGCAUCUGCAUGUGGCUUACAAGUCUCCAGACCCCACGCUAGGCUCACAAAAGCAGUCACACAGCCACCCACCCAACCCUGGAGAAACGGCUGACCCCAGGCUAGGAGCUUAGAACUUCCCAAUGUACCAAAUGAGAAAUGUUCAAAAUGGGAUGGGCAUGUGUCACGUAGACAAGUGUGGGUGAAUGUGAGCACCGAAACUACAAUGACUUAAUGGAAUAUAACUCAAUAAACAGGAACCCAGGAGUCCAUACGGAAAAACUGUAUAAGGCAAGCGCUUCCUCACACCACAGUGUCAAUGGAAACUGUAGAUGGAAUAAUGACAGCAUCAGGAAAUCUGCAACCACUGGUAUACAAGUCCUAUAUAGUCCAAAGCAUCCCCCAUAAUGUGCUCAAUACAAACACAAUGGCAACUUUUCAGAAACGAGCUAUCAUGGUGUCCUGGUUGGUUUUAUGUUAACUUGACACAAGCUAGUCAUUUGAGAAGAGGGACUCUCAAUUGAGAAAAUGCCUAAGAUUCGCCUAGAGGCAAGUCUGUGGUGAUCUUCUUGAUUAAUGAUUAUGUAGGUGGGCCCAGCUCACAGGAGGCAGUACCACCCCUGGAAAUGUGGUCCUGGAUGGUAUUAAAAAAACAAAAAACAAACAAAUGAAAAACAGGCUGAACAAGCCCUGAGGAGCAAGCCAGUGAGCAGCACUCCCCCGCGACUUCUGCUUCAAUUCCUGCCUUGACUUCCUUCAGUGAUGGGCUGUGAUUGCUUUUGGUAUCAAUACUUUAUCACAGCUGCAGAAACCCUAAGACACACGGUAAACAAGUGGCUGCCACUGACAUUAUUAAUGACACACUGAAGUCAGAGUAUCUCACCGGGAUGCACUGUUGGUACAUACAGAUGUGCCAACAUCCAGGAGGCAGAGACAGGGAUUGCCAAACUCAAAAUCAGUUUGAAAUCAUAGAGCAAGGUCCACCUCCCUAGAAAACAAGUACUAUAAACCAUGCUUUAUCUUGUAGAAGAAGUACAGGAGACCCAAGGACUGAACACAUUACACAGCACACACAUAUCAGAAAAACACACUCAUGAGGACUUGAUUAGAACUGGCGAAAUCUGAAUGAAGCCUGCAGGUCAUGGGAUUGUUGACCAUUGUGACAGUGUCGAUUUUUCCCAAUUUUGAUCACUGCACAUAACUGGUUAAUAGAAUAUUCCUGAAGACUUUAGAGGGCAUAAGCUCACUCACUCACUUCAAAGAGCUCUGAAAAAGCACAGACAGGCUGUUGAUUUCCAACCCAACCCCACACAGCAGUUACACAAAAUGUUAAGUCAAUAAAACAGCAUGAAGAGUAAAUGGGAUUCCUUAUAGUAUCUUUGUAAGUUUCUGCAGAUGAAAUUUAAAAUUGCUAAAUCUGGCAGUUGAAAGAAAAAAAAAAUCAGUACACUGGCUAAAAUCAGAGGGCAGAAUGGUACAGACAACAAACAAACCAUAAAUAUAGAGGAAACAUCCAGAAGACAUUUACCUCAUAGGAGUUCUAGCUGGGCUUUGAGGUACGCACCUUUAGUUCUAGGUACUUGUAAAGCUGAGGCCCUCAGCUUGAAGUCAGGUACUAUCUGAGGCACCCCAUUUGAAUAAUAAAAAGGGGGUGCCAGGGAGAUGGCUCAACUGUAAAACCAAGUACUCAUUUGCAGAGGAUCUGGGUUUGGUUCACAGCACCCGCACUGCAGCUCAUAACCACCUGUAAGCCCAGUUCCAAAGGAUGCAUCACCUUCUUCUGGGCUCUCUAGGUACCAGGUACACAUGUGGUACACGAUAUAUAAAUGCUCUACCACCACUGAACGCCAUCAGCAGCCCCAGCAAAGUGGAAACGUAAACCAGGCUCAAUGCUACUCAGGGCUUAAUUCUGAACUCAUCCAACCCUGGAGAAGUGGCUGACCCCAUGCUAGGUCUAUGUGCAUACAUACAUACAUGCACAUAGAAAAAUCUUAAAUUAUUUGCCUGCACGUACGUCUGUAUACUACAAGCAUGCAGUGCUGCAGAGGCCAGAAGAGGGUGUUAAGUCCCCAGCAAGUGGUUACAGAUGGUUGUGAGAGGCUCUGUGUCUGCCAAAAGCUUACCCCUGGUCCUCACUGGCCUGGAGCUCACUAAGGAGAGAUGGGACGCUAGCCAGAGGCCUGGGACCUGUCUUUUGACAUCUCAGGCCCCACACUACCAUGUCUGGGUUUUCACACAGGCUCCAGGGCUUGAACCCCAGCCCUUAUGUUUAUAUGACAAGCACUUUAUGAACAAGCCAUCUCCCAGCUGGUUUUGAGUCUGUGGGAGCUGGUGGACUGUGGCUAACAGAAGUGGGUGGCUGAAGGCAGGCCCUGAAUGGGUUACCAGGUUCUGGUAUGGCUGCAGCUCUUGGCUUCCAGAUCCCCCACUAAAAGGUGGUCAUAGGUUCCUACGGAAACAGACCAAGCCCAAUUACCAUGCCUCUGCCACAAUGGACUGACAGCCUCUCAAACAAGCCCAGAUCAGCUUCUCUUCUCUUUAGCAGAUCAUUUAGAGGGAUUUCUAUUCAGAUUCCAUCCUGACAAGAGUAGCUAAUGCACUGUUUACACACACAUGAAAUGGGGGCUCCUUGAGGAGCAUGGAUGGGCUGUUUUUAAGCACACUGUCGCUGUCGAGUAGCAUAAACCAGUGCUGAGUCUUUUAAAACGGAAACAUGUCUAGCUCCCUAAAAGUAGAAGGUGCAAAUGGGGACUCUGCAAACAGUACCUGGCAGGUGGGAAAUACGGCAUUGUGGACACCGCUGGACACUGUAAGGACACUUAAAGACCUCAUCAAAUGGAAUGAAAAAGCCUUGAAGACUGUAAUCCAAGUACUCAUUUGUAAUCCAGUGCAAAUGAAAAUGUUUGAUGAGAAUAGAAAAUGCUUGAUGACAGGACAAUAUUAGGAGCCUUAACUUUCCUUUGUUGCAAAUAAAACUGAAAUAGACAUAUCUGUAUUUGGGAUCUAACAAAAAUAUAGGGUUUGUGUACAAUGACGCUCAAUACGUGUUUUUUUGUGAGGCGGCUGAAGAUACAGCUCAGGCUAGAGUAUACAGAGUUCAAGGCUAGCCUGGGCUAUAAGCGAGACCCAGUUUUACCCCUUCUCUGGAAAAAACAAAAAAACAAAGCCACAAUGAAAAAAUAAUUGAAAUAACAAAAGAUCAUAGAAAUAAAUUAUUUCCUCUAUGUGGUCACAUGCUUUUUUUUUUAAGUUUUUUUUUUUUUUUUAAUCUGGUUGUCCUGAAACUAUGUAGACCAGGCUGGCCUUGAACUUAAGAGAAUCCAGAAAGGCCACCAUACCUGGCUUGUAUUUUUAAAGCUGCACCCCAUGGUAUGCACCUACAGUCCCCACUAUACUUAGGAGGCACAAGAUUGCUUGAGCUAAGUUUAAGGGCAUCUUUUGUGGAAGUAGAAUGUAAUGGAGUAAUGUAUUUGGUGGGUUUUGUUUUGUUGUUCUUUUUCAGACAGUGUUUCUCUGUGUAUCCCUGACUGUCCUGGAACUUGAUCUGUAGACUAGACUGACCACCUGCCUCUGCUUCCCGAGUGCUGGAAUUAAAGGCAUGCACCACAAUGCUCUGCCAAUAUAUGGUGUUUUCAACUGACAUAUAAUAAAUACUAUAAUCUUU